AUGGUGUGGAUCCCUCCUGAUUUUCAAUGGUUCAUUCGAGAGGCGUGGAAUGAGGCUGGGAUGCUCAACGAUCUACAAACAAAACGAAAGCUGAAAUUCCUCGCAAAACUUGUACAGGACGCAAUCACCGCCGCUGUUAUCGGAGCUGCAGUAGGUGAAGCGCUAAAAAACUCAAGUAAUAUGAUGACGGCGAUCAGCACUGUGAAGAAGAUGCUGGACAAAGCGCAGUCGUGUCGAGGCAAAACCAAGUCAUCCAAAGACAUAGCAAAAGCUCUCGGUGAGCGAACGGAUUUGCUACGGGAUCUGCUUACUCUGCAUGACCCGAAUUUUAAGGAUUCCGACAUCACCAGGACUUCGAACUUGUGUCCCGCCACCCGCAAUGGCGUUUACGUAGCAAUUUCAGCAGAACUGCAACCCCACCACUCGAAGCACCUUUAA